AUGCUAAAUGAUAUCAUCCAGUCUGUCUUCCGUUUCGCAGACACCGAUGCUAAGACCACGGCGAAGGUUCUGAAGGAACACGAAGACCAACUCACACGCGUCUUGAAGGACACCGUCCCGGGACUGGUGCAAGGCUCUGCGGACAACGCUACACAGGCUACGCUUUCUGCAGUCGGCACUGACGAUCGACUCACGGGAACGAGUCAACAUCACAGAGUUUUAGUGCAUCCUGACGCAUUCCAUGUCAGUGUUCUCUUCCAACCCACGCUGGCUUGGUUGGAUCGCAUAGCACAAGUGCUUCCAUCUGGGUUAGAGGCUGCUCGAGCAUCAAGCGUUGUGUUGGAUGAAUUUGUCCUCAAUGUCUACCUACCUCAGCUAGAAGACAAAGUGUCACUAGUAUUCCAUCACACAGUGACGAGUCCGGACGCAUUCGAGCCAGAUCCUGCCUCGACAAAGUUGUCGACCGAGCCUCUCGUCAAGGUAAUGGCAUUAAUCAACUCUCUAUGUGCCAUGUUGCGGACGACCCCCUUCCAUCGCGAGAACUACUCGAGACUCAUCCUAACUGUCAUUGGCCAAUUCUACCAACGAUGCAGCGAUAGGUUUUAUGACCUAGUAUCCAUGAAGGACGACGCUGCUCCACAAUCUGGGCCACGAGUGGCUGUGGCCGCGCAAUGGGCUCAGAAAGCCGAGCUAGUGACGUGUCUUGCUGAAUUGUUCGAUGCUAUCGGCAAUCCGGAUAUGACUACGAAGAGGCUCCAGCUAUGCCGUCAAGAGGCACACCUUGAGCAGAGUCUCCUCGGUGACCGCGCGAUUGGCAAGAAGGAGUUGGUAGCCUCCGGUAGGAAUCUGUCGGCUUUGGCGAGCUUAUAUCGCAGUGUGACAUGGUUCGCCUCCGAGCUCAAUGCUCUGAAAUCCGCCCCCGAGCACGCUUUGUCGCCGACAACACCACUGAGGCUGGAACCUGUCAGCGCAGUCACGCCAUAUACGCCGUACCUUCCUGCAAUUGCACCGGUGCAAAAUAACGAGCCGCUCAAGCUACCUUUGUCGUCAGCCAUGGCAAUGCGAUUCCAAGCGCUGCACAUGACAUAUGCGCAGCUUGCCGAGAUGGUCCUAUAUAGCCUUCGUAUCGAUAUCAGAUGUCGUGCGAUGCACCAUCUUGACCUUGCACUACGACAUGGUGUCUAUCGCAUUGAACGCGAUGUCAGUGAACCUGAUCCCAAUGUCAUUGAUCUCAACAUGGAGCUCGGCCGAUGCGAUGAUUGGGCGUCGUCCACACUUCCGGUGAAGGAGCGACAAUUCAUCUUCGAGGGACUCGGACAUUUGUUGGAGCGCCUGCUCGUUUCGAACGCGAGAUAUAUCCGCGCAGCAAACGCGUUCGGCAUGAAGAAGAUGAUGCGCAACAUGCUGGCACUGCAGCAGAACAUCAAGACCAUCACCAACGACGGCCACGACGCGCAAUUUGAGCGUGCCAAGCGGUACUAUUCGCUGUUCUCGCUGUCUCCUCAGAACAUGCUUGAUAGUAUUCGCCAGAAGCAAGAAUUCAGCUUCGACGAGUACAAGGCGAUGCUCGAUCUACAGUGCGGUGUCGACCCCAGCAGGAGCGAGGGUGGCGGCUCGCAAGCCUCAGAUCGCAACUAUAGCAUGUAUGUCAUCGAUCUGCAUGGGCUCGAGCUGGAGAACUCGGCAUAG